CGAAUUGUCUCGUUUCAAGGGCUCGAUCGUGGCGAGAUAACGCGAGAAUUGUGUUUACAAUUUACACCGACAGGUUCGCGCACAUCUUGACAUCAGAGAUACCAUCCAUAGUUGACGAGUGACAGAAGCUUCGAGACGGUGAAACGCGUCUGCCGUGUGUAUUCCAAUUCCUAUGUAAAAUUGUGAUGGAUGAACGUUUUAAGGCGUGUUUCUUAAUGGUGUUGUAAACUCGAAUUGUAUAUACGGAAUCGAAAGAAAAAAAAUGAGACAACGCGUUCAAAGUUCAGUUAUAGAAAUGCUUAAUUAGCGACGAUACGACCAAGCAUUGCUCGUUAAAAGAUCGAAAUAUGUCGUCGUUACGAAUCGCCAUGUUUCUGUUCGUCGUUCUGAUGGUGUUGAUAGACUGCUCAACGGCCAUCCCGGCAGCCGACAAGGAACGAUUGUUGAACGAGUUGGUGGACGACGAUGGAAGCAUCGAGACCGCUCUGAUCAAUUACCUGUUCACGAAACAAAUCGUGAAACGGCUUCGAAAUCAGCUGGACAUCGGUGACCUUCAACGCAAACGAAGUUAUUGGAAACAGUGCGCCUUCAACGCCGUCUCCUGCUUUGGCAAAUAGAACGUCGAGUUGCUCCUCGAUCAUCUUUCUCUCUCUCUCACUUUCCUUCCUUUGUCUCUCCCUUUGUCCAGUGGCUAAGCUUUUAAAUAGACGACGAGUAUAGCUCGACGGCACAAAUUCAGAUCCCUCCCAGUGUUGUCAAAUUUGCAUCCGCGAGUUUAUGAAUCUUUGGUAACUCUUUGAUCGUAUUUCAAAAUGUACGUGUCCUUUCGGAGAUUGGAAUCGUUUUCGAUUUGAAAAUGUCGCGGAUGUAAAUUUAGCAAUGAUCCAUUUCCCCGCAAUACGCUGUAUUAUAUUAACAUCGAUAUUAAGGAAAGGAAAUAGUAGAUUGUAGUACGAUGUAUCGUAAUUAUACCUGCGUUAAGAUUAUAGAGUUUUCUUUUCUC